UCUCACCAGUUAACUGACCAAUCGACAUGUACACGAUCCUCUCCGAAUUCUAUCAAUCCUCACUGCUUUUCUGGUGCCAUCUGAUCCACCUACUGCUGCAGUUCAUCCAGACCAAGUGCUGGAAUCACACCACACAGGAGGAGCAGGAGCAAAAGGAACUCACGGAACCCUGUGCCGUCUCAAAAACCAUGGACGCCUUUGUGGAGGAGCAGCAAAAGCGGGUGCAACGAAAGGCCCAGGAGUACGCCAAAGUGGAGCUACUGCAUCGCCUGCUCGUCCAGCAGCAACUGCAGGAACUGGAGCAGCGCCGACUCAUCCGAUUGGCUCUGGCCAGAAGGCGACUGGACUACUCCAAUUAGACUAGCCGUGCAAUUAGCUCAUAAUUUAUUUAGAUUUAUAAUUUACGCUUAGAUCAUGCCAAGUAUUCACAAGUAUUUUUAAGUGGCCACAUAAUUAAGUGCCAACGAGGCAAAUAAAAAAUGCAGAGAGUGCGGAAAUUAAAG